AUAUUGGUGUAAAGGACGAGCACACUAUCAAGGUCAAGCGCAGGCGACAACGGGGCUCCCCACACAGCGACGCCACGUGUAUGGAGCGGAGUUUCAACGCUACACGUGGAAGAAGAGGCGCACCGCGGUUUUGACGAGGCGCACCGCGGUUUCGACUAUCGCGUUCUACACAGUACGCCACGUGUAUUGCGUCUACACGUGGAGGAGGCGUGGCCUAGGCGGCACAUGCAAGACAGCCGCCGCGGCUUUGAGCCGCCGCCGCCGCUUUGUGACUCGCCGCCGGGCGAUGGCUUUGUGGCCCGCCGCAUCACUUUGUAUCUCGCCGCCAGCAACGCAUAUAAAUAGCGAACAUUUUGGAAUUAAAGUCAGUUGCAGCAAGUUCUUCUUCCAGACUAGUAGUGAAGAAGUAAUAGUGAAUAUGUAAUAGUGAUUAAGUAUAAAUUGUAAUAGUGUACAUAAGGGUCGAUAAUAUAUUAUGUAUGUCGAAGGAAGGGUGUUUUCUUGAACACAAACCCCAACAAAUAAUACAGUCCACAACAACGUCUGGUCCUUCGAUCGCCGGAUACUCCAGGAAGAGGAAACGCUGCCCGUGGAAGACCAGAUCCUGCCGAAGAGAGGUACGCAUCGGCAACGAGUUCACCUUCGAGGGGCGAAUAUCGGCAAACCGGUAACGUUGGUACUAGCCUGCUGGUGUUUUUGAUCGUCACCAGGCGAGUCAGGUACCUACCGACGGGGCCGCGCUGUUGGUACUAGUCCAAUGAGGUGAGUCGUAAGGUUUUUUACGGGUAGACUCGGGCCGUCGGGUGACCUUGGUGGUACGCGCCGGGAAUCAGGGGUGCUGGUCAGCGGAACGAGUCUGCCAGUAUAAGCCUGCGGUGCGUCACCUCUUUAGGCAUGGUGGUUACCCGCAGCCAGGGUGAAGCUGCAGAAGUGGAGGACCGGAGCCAGGAGACAGAGCGUGUGCGGCAAGAACGAAUGCGGCGGCUGGUGCUGGACCCGCUGGCAUCGCCGUCUGACGCACGCUUGACGUCAGCCACAGAAACAAUGGAGAUCCCACCGCAACCGCGACGGCAUUCGCCAGCGAGAUCCGCUAGAUCGGUGCGGUCGUCGGCGAGUACGGCGCGGCGGAUUAAGGCGGCGGAAUUAGAAGCGGCAGAGCGACUCGCCGCUAUCCAGAGAAAAGAACUACAAAUUGAGAAAGAACUAAUAAAUAAACGCUUACAGUUCGAGGUGUCCGCCAUACAGGAAGACGAGGGCCUGCCGGAAGAUACCGUCACCGCGACAGAAGAACGAAACAAGGUGGACGAGUGGCUCCAGUCACAUCCUGUGCCGAAGGAUGACAGACACCAGCGAUCCGGACUAAGAAGAGGAAGAUCGCCGACGCCGACCAGACGAACAGGAAUAGAGCAGCUGGCGGCGUCCCUAGAGAAGAUGGCGCGACCGCGCCUAUGCCACGCGGACCUUCCGAUAUUUUCAGGUGCGAUUGAAGAGUGGCUGCCGUUCCGAGCAGCCUACCGGGACACAAGCAGCAUGUACCAAGUGUCCGACGCAGAAAACAUCCAGCGGCUGCGUACCUGCCUGAAGGGGGAAGCAAGGGACGCCGUGGCAGCGCUGCUUCACACUGCUUCAUCACCUGAAGCAGUCAUGAAAACUUUGGAGCAGUGCUUCGGGAGGCCCGAGAUAAUAAUCGACAGGGCCAUGGAAGACCUAAGGAAGCUGCCGCGACCUGGAGCAGCGGCCAAGGACAUCAACUGCUUCGCGGUAAAAGUACAAAACGUGGUGUGUAUACUUCAAACUAUAGACAGAAAAGGAUAUUUGUACAAUCCUAUGCUAGCACGGGAGAUAUUGGACAAACUUAGUCCGCACCUGCGCUCUAGGUGGUGUGAUUAUGCUUUUGCACAGGAAGGCACAGCGGAUCCAGAGAUCGUGGUGCUGUCCCGCUUCCUCAUGAGAGAGGCGGACCGGGCGCUUCGCUACACCUACGCGCCGAUGAGCAGCACUGCACCAGAGCGCAGAGACGCCGCAGCAGCAGCAGCAGCAGCAGCAGCGCGACCUGCUCCAACGAAAAGGAAGUCUGCAGUAUACACCAUGGUCUCCGGUGAAGAUGAAGAAGAGAAGAAAGAAGAGAAGAAAGAAGACUUCUGCCUGUGCUGCGGGCGCGACCACGCUAUGGUUGCCUGCCCGCGCUACGCCAAGCUGUCGGUGGAUGAGCGGUGGGCGCUGGUGAGGGAAAAGGGCGCCUGCUUCAAGUGCGCCACGAAGAGACAUCGGCGCAGCUACUGUCGAGCGAAACCAUGCGGCGUGAACCAGUGCCGCCGCCCGCAUCAUUCAUCACUGCACGACGUAAGAAGAGAAGAGCCUGCUGCGUCGACCGAAGAAACCGUCAUGGCGGUUGCUGACCGCGCAACCGCACCGCCCCGCGCCGUCCUGCUGAAGAUGUGUCCAGUCACCGUCGUCGGCCCACGGGGGGAGGUAUCGACGCACGCACUGCUCGAUGAGGGCUCCACCAUCACCCUCAUUGAUGAGGACCUGGCGCAACAGAUCGGCGCCGAAGGUCCCGCCACGCCGCUCCGCAUCCACGGGGCGAACAUGGAGCAGAUUGAAGAAGGAAGUCGGCUGGUGACGGUGCAGCUGCGGGGGCAGAGCGACGGGACACUACACGACCUGCGCGCCCGCACGAUGAAGAAGCUGCAGUUGCAUCAGCAGUCCAUCCCGGGAUCCCUGCUUCGGUACAGACAUCUGCGCGACAUACCGGAACGUGAGGUAUGUUACGAACAAGCACGCGCGGGUGUCCUGGUGGGUACCGACCACUGGGAGCAUAUCGUGACCAGAGAACUUCGGACGGGCGGCGCCGACGAACCUGCCGCCUCCAAGACAAGUCUCGGCUGGGUGAUACAUGGAACAACGCCGCGUCGAAUGAUCGUCGAAAAGGACUGCGUGCUUCACGUCCGAGAACAACAAGCGGACCAACGGCUGCACGACCUGGUGGCAGAGCACUUCAAGAUUGAAUCAUUGAACAUAGCCAGCAGACCACGCAUCAGUGACGCCGACCGACGAGCGACAUCCAUCGUCGAGACGACUACGAAGAAGACGCCGGGCGGGUACGAGAUCGGCCUGCCGUGGAAGAGGGAUAAUGUCCGCAUGCCGCCGAGCUACAAUGCCGCGCUGCGGAGACUUCUGAAGAUUGAAGCAAAAAUGGACGCCGCACCGGAAUUCGCAGCCGAGUACACCAAGCAGAUGAACAACUUAUUCGAGAAAAGGUAUGCGGUUCCGUGCGAUGGCAGUGAAGGCGAGAGCAGCGUGUGCUGGUACCUGCCGCAUUUUGCUGUGACCAAUCCCAACAAACCAGGGAAGCAGCGAUUGGUCUUUGAUGCGGCAGCCAAAAGCCACGGGACUUGUUUAAAUGAUGAACUACUUGAGGGCCCAGACUUGCUACUAUCACUGCCAGGUAUAUUAUUUCGAUUCAGGGAAAAGGCAGUGGCAGUCACAGCAGAUAUAGAGGAGAUGUUCCUACAAGUAAAAAUAAGACCCGAAGACCAGCCAGCGCAGCAGUUUUUAUGGAGGGGAAGCCGACGCGACACGCCGCCACAGCACUACAAAAUGACGUCCAUGAUAUUCGGCGCAGCGAGCUCUCCGUUUAUGGCGCAUUACAUCCGUAAUCAUAAUGCGCAGCAGCACGCAGAACAAUAUCCAAUGGCGCUGGAAGCAAUAACGAAGAGUCACUACAUGGACGAUCUAGUGGUGAGCUACGCCGACGCAGGGCUAAUUUGGGACGCCGAGCAAGACGCGCUAGGAUUCAACACAGCGAUGAACAGGGUACCGGUGGAGGUGCGAGAUCGCAAGCGCCCACCGACCAAGCGCGAAGCAUUAAGUGCGGUAAUGUCAAUUUAUGACCCACUAGGCCUCUUAAGUUAUUUCACCAUCCGUGCUAAAAUCAUAUUGCAGAGCCUGUGGCGCCUCCAGAUUUCGUGGGACGAACCGAUACCUGAAGAAGAGGGCGAGCAUUUUGCGGGCUGGCUGUCGCAACUGGAAGCAGUCGGCGCACUACGUUUGCCGCGAUGCUACGCAAUGGACAACGUCGAAGACAUCGAGCUGCACGUGCUAUGCGACGCCAGUGAACAAGCGUAUGCAGCCGUGGCGUACUGGCGUAUGCGGCGAACGGACGGCAACGUGCAAGUGAAACUCGUCUCGGCGAAAGCGAAGGUGGCACCACGACGCGCGCAGACGAUCCCGCGCCUAGAACUUCAAGCGGCGGUGAUCGGCGCAAGACUAGCUGAUCAGAUAAGAAGAGAGCACAGGUAUGACAUAUCUCGUACUUGGUUUUGGACAGACUCAUCGACGGUGGUGCACUGGGUGCGCAACGAUGCAAAGAGAUACACGCCGUUCGUCGCGCAUCGCCUCGGUGAGAUUGGAGAAUUGACACAGAAGGAAGAGUGGCGGUGGCUACCGACUCAUGAAAACGUUGCCGACGACGCCACCCGCCUAAGUUUCACCACGGGACAUGAUCGAUGGUUCCAGGGUCCAGAAUUCCUGAUGAAGACGGAGGACCAGUGGCCCACGGAGAAGGAACUUCGAGAAACUACGGACGAGGCUGAUGUACUGCAUGUAAGCGAGCUGCCACGGAAGAUGGAAUGGCUGCCGGAUCCAGAGCGCUUCUCCAAAUUCCGCACACUGGUGGGAGCAACAGCAAGGGUGCUCGCAUUUAUCGACAUGCGCAUCAGGCACACGGCGACGAGACUAGAAUGUCGCCACCUGGAACAAGCCGAACGACUGUUGGUGCAGCGCGCACAGAACGACAGCUUUGGGACGCGCGCCCCAUCAGCAGAUCCAGUAGACUGUACAAAUUGGACCCGGUAA